AUAUUUCAAAUAGGUUUUGUUCAAACAAGUUGUCAAACGUUAUCAAUCCUCUACAGACAAAUCUUGAAAAAAAAAACAGUAUACACUGAUGGAAAGGGUGACCGUCAUGUAAAACAUCGACAAUCCGACCUACACCCAGCACGACCACGAUGAGUUGGCAACCGGGCCGCGUGCUGCUGCAAGGCCUCCUCCUGCUCGUCUUCACUUUCCAUUGGUUCGCUUUGGCGACGUUGCCGAGCAACGCGAAAUUCUACACGAUACACUGGAACUCGUCGAACCCCAUCUUCAGAAUCGACAACACCGACAACAUCAUCGAUGUCAAUAGGAAUAACGUUAAGUUUGAAUAUGAUCAGGUGAACCUGAUCUGUCCCGUGUACACGCCAGGCACGCGGGACGACGAAAUGGAGAAGUACAUCAUCUACAACGUCUCCAAGGACGAGUACGAGACGUGCAGGAUAACGAAUCCCAAUCCGAGGAUAAUCGCGGUGUGCGACAAGCCUUACAAGCUCAUGUAUUUCACUAUUACCUUUAGACCGUUCACGCCUCAGCCGGGCGGGCUGGAAUUUUUGCCAGGCCACGACUACUACUUCAUCUCGACCUCCACCAGCGACGACCUGCAUCGGCGCAUCGGCGGCCGCUGCACCACCCACAACAUGAAGAUCGUGUUCAAGGUGUGGGGCGCCCCUCCGACGGUCGCCCCGCCCCCGCCGCCGCCCGCUCCCACCGCCAAGCCCUCGUGGUGGGCGGUCGCGCCGACGCGCACCUCCCCCCUGGACCACCCAGGGCCCGCCUCCCACGCUCGCCCCGCCCCCGCCCACCACCAAGAAGUCCAAGACUUACGACAAGCACCCCAACGAGGUGGUGAAGAGUGAGGAGUUGACGCUCGCCGCGGGCGGCCUGUGCGCGAACGCCGUGCUGGUGGCGAGUUUGUGCGCGUGCGCGGUUUGGAUGCUGCGAUGAGAUUCGUAAGCCCCGCCCCUCUCCCCUGAGGCAGCGCGCGAGAGGUCGGACGAGCGUGAGUUUGGGUGUGGGCGCCUUUUUAGACCGGUCGGAGCGAUUCUGGGCAUGGCGGUCAAUUCUAAUAUCAGUGUCUGUACCCAUCCUCAAUAAUAUGGCAUUAAUUAUUUCUGAGAAGUACAACAAUAGUUAUUCAUGCACCAAGGUAGUCAAGAAUAUCAUUAUUACCCAGGGAUCAAGAUUAUAUCUAGAGGCUGCAGCCGAGGAGUAAUAGUAUUCUCUACUACCAAGGUGUUGAUUGAAUUUGUUUCACCAUUCGCAAUAUAUUUCGGUCAUUAUAGUUUUGUUUUCAAUCCUAAUCAGAAUCUAGUUUCCAUUACCAUGAUAGUAUACGGCAAGUCGUUAUUGAUGUAUACCUCCUUGAUUCGAGUGCCAUUUCUGUGAAUCUCGAAUCAGAAUAGUGAAUUUGGUCAAUUAUCACAGAGUUCAUAAAAUGAUGGAAACUACCUUGGUAGAGAAAACCUCACUCCUUGAAAUGGAGUGAAUAAUGGUUGGUUAUAUAACCAGUGGUGAAAAAUCCUCAUUAAUUUUAUUAUCAUUUGAUGAUGAGGAAGAAUAAUAUUGAAUAUGCUGAGUUGACUGUGGUAGAUAAGAAUGUCCUCUGGCUCGUCAUACCAUAAUGAAUUUCCACUUUUCAAACUCCAACAGGGGGGUAUAUCAAUGAAAAUUCAAUUCACUAUAUCAAUCUCUAUAGUAUUUUUCCAAAAAUCAGUUGGAGAAAAAUGAUUGAAGUUAAUGGUUGCUGGAUUUGAAGCUACUACCUCUGACGUAUCAAUAAAACACGUAAAAAUAAGUUGGUCCGUACUUUUUGAACAAAAUAAUUCAAUUUUCAUGGUGCUAUUCUAUAUUUUGGAUCCCUUUUUCUGUAAAGGGCAAGUCGAUCAUAUUAUAUUUGCUGAAAAUAUAGUUGAACGAAAUUACCUUUCCAACAUACAAAUGCGGCCACGGUGAACUUUUUUUUUUCAUUUGACUCGACCGUUACUUGAUGAACAUCCAUAGUAAUUGUAAAAUACUUCACAAACGAUAGGAUUUUCACAAAAUUCAACACUACAUGGUUUGCUAACACAGAAUAGCUUCUUCAAGUGAACAUUGAGUUGCAUAACUUUAAUAAUAUCAUAUUUUCCAAAACUAAAGGAUUGAAACUACCUGUGGAAAGGUUAAUUUAAGCGAUAGGUACACCUAAUUUGAUGUAGAUUAUUGAGCAUACUUUCCGAAAAUGAAGACUUGAUUAACCUUUCCACAGGUAAUUUCAAUCCGUUAGUUUAUAAGUAUGAAAAGUUGAGCAAGUCAAUGUAAGUUUAGUUCAUUGUACAAAUAUUUCACUUGAAGGAGCUACUGUGUUAGCCAAACUUCUUGUGUUAUUAAGAAUCUUGUGGAAAUAUCAUCGUCUGUAAAGUUUUUUCCCAACUAAUUCAUUUCAAUGAUUUCUUCAUACUUUUGAAUAUGUUGUGAGACUUACACAGCACAGACAUUGUUGUAUAAUAUAUUUUUGCCAAGGAAAGAUACGGAUUUGAAUUGACCGCCACAGUUGAAAUCGUUCUGAUUGGUCUAGAAAUGCAUCCAUGCCAAAAGUCACGGUUAGUUGAUUCUUGCCCGCAGCGCUGCCCAGUCCAGUCCGCCCGCGGAAGACUUGAUGUGUUGUUUCCAUUCCCUGUCGUCCCAUCCUCACUCGUUUUUCGUACGGUUAUAUUUAUAUACUCAUGUACUGUCUAUGGUGACCUAAAACUAUUCCUAACUUAUACAUAUAUUAUUAUAUAAAAUGAAAUUGGCACGGCAUCGCCGGGGUUCGGUCGAAGAUCGGUUGGUUCGAAGGUUAGAUACCAGUUUUUUCUCUGGGAAUUCCGAGAAAAAUCGGUUAUCAAUUGCAAUGUUGCAUGUUUCUCCUUCAGAGUUUCAAUAUGAGGUUGGUAAUGCAUGAAACUUGGACAGUUGACAGAGAGAACAAGACUUCUAACCUCAAAUUUUCGAUUAGAUUGGCUGUGAUAGGAAAAGUGGCCAUGUGUUGCUCUCUCUUCAAAUAUAUAUUUCAAUUAAAUAAUUGUGUUUCAGAAGGAGUCAACAAAGGAUGAACAUGCAUAUUAUGUGCAACCUUCUAUGUUUCAUGUUGGAAUCCUGAAAGAAUCAGAAAAAAAAAACUUAUUAUUUGCUCUGGGCUCACUAGCUGGGUGUAAGAACUCUCUCCAUGUAUUCUGUAUAUCUUAUUUCAAAGCAGAGUGGAGAUUUGUAUGCUUCAAGAGUUUAUGUGAACAUAAUAACUCCUUUUUUUUCAAUUUGAGAUGAAUAAUUGUCAUUUAUUCAUGAUUGAGACAAUCAUCUAUGGUACUUUCAUUUCAAGUCGGAAUUACAUGUCUAUAACCUUGAAAAAAUUGUCAUGAAGAUUCUUGUUUGGACACAUUUCGAAUGUUUGUUUCUCUCUUCGUUUCUAAAAGUUAAUUUUUCAUACAAUUCAAAUUAUUUUGUAAGUAUUGGUAAUAACUAACGAGACCGAGAACAGAAAUUCAAAGUCAGGAUAGUAUCAAAAGAUGACCUUCUACCUAAUUUAACUAACCCGGUAAAGUUUUCUUGUGUAAUAACAGCAGCUUCCUUGCUAAAUAUACAAGUUUUAGAGCAACCUUUGAAGUCGAUUCGUGGAGUUUCGGAAAUCUAGCAUUUUUCACAUUGCUGAAGAGAUUUUCAAAGUGUUUUCAAGAUAUGAUUUUGUUGACUGGUUGUUGUGGCUGGUUCUUUUCACUGGUAACUUCUCUCAUGAACUUUUGCGACAUUUUACUUCCUUCAGCUGGUAACACUGCAAAAAAUAGCAAAAAAUAAAAGGAGUAAUAAGUAUACCAGCAGAAGGAAGGAAAAUGUUCACUGUUUCAACAAAUAUUAGAAAUAUUAUGUCAUGGAAACACAACAAAACAAUACUUAGUGUUUCUGUUGUAAAUCUAAAAUAUUAUUGGUUAGUGCACUAGGUACUCUGGUAUUUUGGAUUCGUGUUCUAUGCUUGAAGAUACACUGAGUACACACAUAGAUUAAAAACGGUUUAUUUUAUGGAACACACGAAAAUAAUCUUGUUAUUCGAAACCUGCCUGGAACCAUGGUGGAAAUCAUAAUAUAGUGUGCUACUCAUCUAUCUUGAAUUGAGCUCAUUUCUACCUUGAACGAGAGAGAGAGAGAGGAAAGAUCUCUCUUCCAUCUUUCUCUUCAAUGCUACCAACUUGGCCGCACUGAAAUAUAGAGAGGUCCUUAUAAAUCAGUUGACAUGCAAUCUGACUAAUCAAAUUCUUUGGAAAAAAUACAUAAUAACUGAUUCAGGUUCAGUUAUAGUGAGACAUUUCAGUUAGUUCAGAUUUCAAAUUUUCCAAAUGAAAUUAUAAAUUAUAUCAUACUAAUUUUGACAUAUUUUGUUAAUAUCAUUAAUUUGUGUCUCUGUUGAGUUCAAAAAUAGUUCAGUGGCACCAACUAGAUGUUAGACAAGGAAAGAUUUAUCGGACCUCUCCAUAUUCCAAUGUGGCCACGUUGGUAGCAUUGAAGAGAAAGAUGGAAGAGGAGAGAACAUAUCUCUCUCUCGUUCAAGGUAGAUAAGAGCUCAAGUCAAUAUAGAUGAGUAGCACACCAUAUUAUGAUUUCCACCAUGGUUAGAGGCAGGUUUCGAGGUUAAGAUUAUUUUCGUGUGUUCCAUAGAUUAAACAGUUUUUAAUCUAUGUGUGUACUCAGGGUAUCUUCAAGCAUAGAACACGAAUCCAAAGUACCAAAAUAAUGCCUCUGACUAAACAAUUUUUGCCCGUCAUUGCAACAAUGAAUUCAUUCGCGAAAGAAUGAAACACCCUGUUUAAUGUUUCUCCUCAAAAAUAAUCAUGACCAGCCGAGUGACCAGCACAUGGCAAACAACUAAAAUGAUGUCCAAACAAGCAGUGAACAAGUUAUUAUAGGUGUUCUUAUUUGAUUGUGUCUAAUUUCUAUAUUCCUACAUCUUAUUAUUUUUUUUCACUGGGAUAUGUUGGAAUAAAUAAGAUCAGAUGCAAAUUUCAAGAUACGAAUUCUUGAAUAUCUGGCAAUUAUUUUCAACACUGGCAAAUCUUUUCUGUAUUUUUUCACAUUUUCAACCAAAAAUUGUGGAGGGUUCAACAGAAUUGUUGUUGGCAUAGUAUGACCAUUGUUUUUGGAAUCCUCAUUGAUAUUUUCUCUUUUGAACCAACUGUGAUUUGACACAGGCGAACCUUGGAUGAUGCACCCUGUAUAUAUUGGUAACUAUAAAUUGGAAGGUAAAUUAUUUUUUAGUCAUUGGAAUUUUACAUUUCCUAAUCGAUCAAGUCAAGUUUUAUUGAAUUUUUUUAUGUAUCAAUCUUUUAUGGAUGCUAAUGAGUUUUUGAAGAAUUGUUGGGAUUGUGUCUUUUUAAAAAUAGUCAGAAUCACAAUUUAUUUAUAAUCAAUACUUUGGAUCAUAUCAUUGAUCAUUUCCUAUUGAAUUGAAGUAAAAUAUAUACAUUAUUUAUUCAAUUUUUUAUUGCUACUUUUAUCCAUAAAUACAAAAAAUGUGAUAUAUCAGUGACACGUCCUUUUGUUUAAUUUUUCUCAGGAAUUUUUCUGUUCUCAAAUAUUAAGUUCAUGAGUAUUUCAUUUAUUUCACAUUCAACUCCAUAUAGGUAUUUGUUUAAUUCUACUAGAAACCAAGGAACAAACCACAUAGUACAUAGUAUCUAAUUAAAAAAAAUUCAACCUCUAAUGAUGAAACUAUGAUAAUGAUUGGUACAGUGAGAAAUCAUUUUGACUUCCCAAUAAUUGUUCAUUUUAUUAUUAUGGUUGAUUUAGAAUAAUAUUGAAAAUAACACAAACAAUCAUGAAAAUAUGCAACAGUAUUUGUUGAGAAACCCCUUAUGAAAAUGAUGCAUAGAAUAAAACCUGAGUUCAUUAUUGUGAAUCGAAAGGUUGCCUACUUUUGAAAUCUCAACAUGGGUCGAAGAUUUGAAAAAUUGAUAUUACUUACCAUUAGCUUAAAAUAUUUUUGUGAAGAUAUCUAUUUGUCAGAGUUUUUAUCGUCUUGUAUAAAAAAUACACUGGAUGGUUGAUCAUUGCUUGAACAGUUUUUCACUCCAUGAAAAAUAUUGAAAAUAGUAGGAAGCAACAAAUUAUUCAACACAUAAUAUUUCUAAUGAAAUAUUAUCUUCACAAAACUAUGGAUUUCAUGAUAAUUUACCAAUAAUGAAUUUUUGAAUAUAAAGGCCUAAAGAUAUUGUAAGUAAAAUUUCAACGACCAAAUUUAGACAAUAUCCUCAUUUUUAUUGUCCCUUUCUUUCUUCACUGGAUAGAAUCGGUGGUGUACAGUUUUCUAUGAGUUUUGGUGUUAAUGAAAAACGGACCCGAUGAUAAUAAUGAUUUUUUUAUGCGUAGCAAAGUAAAACAUAUUUAAAACGCAUAGUGACCAAUUCUGAACAGC